UUCGUUGUCUAUAUCUCGUAAUAAGCAUUGGAAAUAUAUCUCGUCUUAUCAUGGACCAUGGCUUCAGCUUCCUUUGGAACUGCUUGAGUCGCUUUACAUGAUCAAUAAUGAUAAUGUUGCCACUCCGCCGCCACCAAUUGAUCCUAUUAUUUUUGGUAAUUUGAUAUCAAUUCGUCGAUUAGUCGAUGAGGCAGCCGAUUUAUCUGUUCGGGCCGCUUCAGGUGUAUCAACCACCGGUGGAGGACCGACAAGAAGCUCAAUGUCUCACACACGACAGCAUAGGAUGCGCGAGCUUGCAGUUAACAAAUUAGCACUUGCAUACCGGAUUGAUGAAAUUGCUACUGCGGUAGUAACAAUGCAGUCAGCCAGUGCAAUCGACGAAGUGGCUAGUAGAGUUUUGAAGAAAAAUUCGACGAAUCUAGAGGCGCUAUAUGUGAAUUUUUUUCAUGAAAAAAUUCCUUCGAGGAUUUCCCAAAAAUUUGGCACCAACCUAAUACUUUGCACCACUUUUUAUCCACCAUAUACAAGUAGAAUGCUAUCGCAAUCUACGUCCACCGAUAUACUCGAUAAAAUCAUUGCCACUUCUCCAACGACUCCCGAAUUUUAUCGUACGCGUGGUGUUGUAAAAUGUUUUAAAGAAGAAUUUGCGGGCGCUCUCCGAGAUUUCAAAACGGCUUUAGCGCAUACAAAACACAGAAAACGAGUAAAUAACGUUUUGUUAGGAAAAAAACCAACACUUCCUCUUCAUAACCAUCAUGGCAAUGAGGAUGACGAAUGCACAGGGACUGAGAGCCAAUUAUACUUUUUACGUGCUGCAUGUUAUUUACAAUAUGCUAUUAGUUUAGUAGAUAAAGCAAUUCAAAAAGUUGAUGGAGUAGAACGUAAAGACGGGGAAGGAAGUGAAUUAAGAUUAGUAGCAGUUAAAAAAGGUAAUAACAACGGAACCAAUAAUCAAGGCACUACUCCAAAACUCGAAGAAUAUAGAAAAGAACUCUUGCCAAUAAUGCACCAAGUACAAAGUUUGACAAGACGUUCAGUGAGAGAUUACACCCAUUUUUUGGGAUUUUAUCCUAGUUCUUUACCAUCAUUUUCAACUAGUGUUGAAGGUACAUCUAAGGCCAGCACUCCCAUUGCAUCAAGAGAUUCGUCUCCCGUAAGAUCAUUUAAAGAUAAAGAUGAUAAUUUAAGCCUACCUAUUAAUCCCACGGAUCAACAAUCAGAUCAAAAAACUACAGACAAGAACCCGUGGUAUGCUAUAGCUCUUAAUUAUGUACUUAUCGGUGACCUUCACACUGGCGCUUUGUGGCAUGCUCGUAUCGCUGAAAUGCACGAGUGUAUUGAAGGCUAUCCAGUCUUUCUUCCAGCGCGAUCAAUGGCGCAAGCGGAUUACAUGGAGGUCUUAGAACGUGUUAAGAAAGCCAAUAGUCUGGCCCAGCAUGAAAAGUUAAGAGAAUUGAAACAUCAACAUACUAAGAUGCUUUUAGCUUCUGCAGAAGAUGACAAGGAUAUGAUAGAAGGAAAGAAAGUUGCAGUAAAAAUUGGAAAAAAGUCCAAAAACGCUACGCAUAAUAAAAAUGGAAACUCUGUUACACCAGUUAUCGGUAUUGAUGGUCAGAGACAUCAUCCGUGUUGUCCUCUUGCACCUGGAAAUCAUCCAUCUUCUCCUAAAGAAAAUAACUACAAUCAAAAUCAUACCUCUUCAGUUUCUUCUGCCACUACUUCUAAUAGUAAUAGUUCCGUCGGUAAUUCUAAUGGUAAUUCCAAUGGUACUACAA